UGAAUGUUUUGUUGAAAUUUCUAUGUCUGACGUUAAAAAGGUCUGUAAAAGUUUACCACAAGGUAAAGCAGCUGGGCACGAUCAAAUUGUGUACGAGCAUUUACUCUAUGCCCACGACACUGUGUACAACUGUUUGUAUGUUCUUUUUAAUGCUUUUUUAAGAUUGGAGUAUGUUCCUCCUGUACUAACAAAGGGUCUGAUCUGUACACUAUACAAAGGUCAUAACAAGCCAAAGAGUGACCCCAAUAGUUAUCGUGCUAUCUCUCUGUUGCCAGUGAUUCUGAAAGUCUUUGAGAAAUUAUUACUUAUCAGACUUGAGGAUACAAACUUGUUUAUACCUAACCCCUUACAGAAUGGAUUUCAAAAGAAUAGAUGAUAGUUGAUGGUUAGAGACACCGGGAGACACCAUGUCUUUUAAGAGGGAUGGGAAUGACAGCAACCAGUUAGGGAUUCUAAGGAAAAGAAGAGUUUGUGAAUUAUUGGGUAUAGCUGUACCAGACGAUGAAGCCCUACUGAUGAGCAAUGGCAGGUUUGCCUGCUUGGUUUGUGGGCAUCGGCCAGUGUUUGAUACUGUGGACAUGUUGAUACUACAUAGACAGGGAAAGAAACACUUGGCAAAUGCAGAUUAUGAAGCAGAGAAGAAAGAAGAAUUGGAGAAGCUGAUAGAGAAACGAAAACAUGACCAGUAUUUAAAGGAUGGCACUACUGUGAUACAUCAGAAAAAAACAAGCUGGAGAGGAUUAGGACUUGGUGUAGCCUAUGAUCCCAGGGCCAAGAAACCUCGACCUCAUGAAAGGAAGCAAAAACUGGAUUUUACCAGUUCAGAUUCACAGGAGACAGUCACAACAAAUUCCUUAGCUUUACCUGGAAAUAGAAGCUCUCUAUCUUAUCAAAACAGGAACAAUUUAAGCAAUGAAAUAGAUUCAAGGAAAAGAGCAUAUUAUCCAAAAGAUCAUGACUACAAGUUAGAUAAAAAGUCUGGAGCUAUGUCUAAUCAGUCUUUCAGGGAUCUGUUGUUACAACAGCAGGCAGACAAUGGCCCGGUUAAACAUUCUAAGCAACUUAAAAACAUAUUUGGGGAAAAGUCAACAGAUGAAAAAAGUAUUGAAGAGUACAAGCCAUAUAUCGGGCAUAGAAUUCAAAGAAAUCUUUGUGAUUCUGAACUUCCAGUUGAUUCAGCUUGCACAUCUGCUCUACAAAGCUCAUGCUCCAGACAAAAUUUCAUGGGCAGCAGAUUUCAUUCAAAUGAACAAAGCUCUUCAACAUUUGACGGACAAAGUGCCAUCUUGGGACACACAAGUUCAAGGGGAGAUAACUUUUCAAAGUUAGAACAUUCAGACAUUCUUUCUCUGGCAGAAAAUCCCCCUCCUCCUCCAAAUAAUAGAAAACAACUGAAGAAAAAGCUAUCAUGUCGACCAGAAGCAUCAGCAGUGUCAGACGAAAGGAAAAGAAAAGCAGAACUGUAUCUGCAGUGUAGAGGUGCUGGCUGGAAAAAAGACCUUACAGGGAAAUGGAUUCGCGAUGAGGAGGCUGAAUUUGAUUCUGAUGAAGAACCACCAGAUCUGCCUUGAGUUGAAUGAAAUAAAGAGGAAUACAACAGAUAUAUAUGAUUCCAGGAAACAUGUUCAAAUGAAAUGGACAGAUCUUUGAUUAGUAGUUUAGUUUUCUCAUCAUCACAAAUUAACACCAAAUGAUGCAUGUAUUUCGUACAUUAUUCUUGAUGGUUCGUUAUAGAUAAUAAAUCUGGAAGAUUUGACCUGUUCAGACAAAAGUUUUUUUUGAAGCAAGUGUCAAAAUAGUGAUGAUGUUUUUGUAUGGAUAAUCAAAUGGUGACUUUUAGAAUUGUUUAUUAUACCCCCUGCAACACAUGGAUGGAGGUGGUGUACUGGAAUCAGGUUGCUUUCUGUCUGUCCAUCUAUCUGUGUGUAGAUGCAAGUUUUUUUGCCCUACUCCUUCCAAAGUACUGCACCACUUUGAUGUUUGGUGCACACAAUCCUUACAUCAAGAGAAUGUAAAUGUUUUGCAGAACCUCCACAAUUUAUGAAGUAAUGCCCCUUUGUUUGUUAAAUCUUUGUUAGAAUUUCUCCUAGAUCACCAAUUGGAAUAAAAGAUAUAAUUUAGAAUAUUGUAUAUAGUUAUGCCCCUUUGUAUAAAUGCCCCUUUGUAUAAACACCUUGGGUACAUUCGCGUAUCUGGUUGAAACGGUUGAACUGGUUGAAUCUGUAAAGAAAAUGACAGGCACAGAUCUGGAC